AUGCACCCCCUCCCAGAGCCGAUGAGCAGCUUAGGUGGUACAAACCCAGACCUGGAAAAAGCCCUAAAUCCACAACAAGAAAGAACAUCUAAAAAGCACCUGCUUUGUAAUGUUUUAUUACUUUCAGGUCCAGGCUCUGAUACUAACAACCUGUACGUCAACAAGCUGGAACCUGCAUCUCAGCAAUGCCGUGUUGCAACAUGA